GAAAUUUGCACCAUGUCAAAAACAGCUGAUGACACAAUCAAAACACGAAUUACCAAGAAAGUAUAAUUGUAUUUAUUUUUUAAUUAAUGGAAAAAUAUGUCUCUAAAUGACGAUGACAACCAGUGGGUCAGUGACUUGGAAAAUGCUCUGCUGGAAGAGUGUUCAGCCACUGACAUUUAUUGUAUUUGUAAAGGAAAACCUUUGCCAGAGUCUCUUAGACCUGAAGUUUGGCAGAUAUGUCUUGAUGUGAGAGAUAAGGAGAACCAACUGGAACAUUUUAAUGAGGUCUACGACUUACCCAACCAAGCCUUAUUGAGGGAGGAUUGCAAAAAUUUUGUCUCCAAUUUAGGAAACGAUGAAGAAGACAAAAUACAAGUCAUAUCUGACUUAGAGUCAAUUAUAACAUAUUAUUGCAAAAGUAGAAACAUCACAUAUUCAAGAAACAAUGGCUGGAUUGAGAUACUUCUUCCCCUUCUCACUCUUAAAGUUCCCAAGUCUGUUACUUACAACCUUUUUGAGGCUAUUCGCGAUACUUUUGUACCCCAGAUAUCCGGGAAAGAUGGAAAUGCUUUUCAUAUUUUAAGGCUUUUACUAUUGUAUCACGAUCCUGAAUUAUGUUCUUUUCUGGAUACUAAAAGGAUAACCCCAGAAGAUUACUGUCUAUCAUGGUUCCAGUCAUUAUUUGCAGCUACAUGUAGUUUGCCAGUGACAAUAAACAUGUGGGACUUUUAUUUUCAGCAGUCGGAUCCCUUUUUUAUCUUUUUUCUUUCCCUUAUAAUGAUUGUAAAUGCUAGAGAUAAAAUUAUAGCGAUGAAAACUGAAAGCAGAGAAAAAAUAAUUAGCUGUUUGUCUAAUAUGCCUUGUGGACUUGAGACUGAUGAUGUGGUUGAUUUUUCAUCUUUGGCACAGUAUUACGCCCUAAAGACUCCGGUAUCAUUCAGAAAUGACUUUUUGUUGAGUCGUAGUGAUUCGGGUAUAUCUAUGGCACAAGCUUUAUGCCUUCCUGUGUCCGUUCAUGAACUCGUCGAAAAUAUUGCUAAAGAGUCGACAAAUAAAGUAGAUACAGUCAGAUUCUUUUUAGUAGAUUGCCGCCCAGUCGAACACUACAACGCUGGCCAUUUACCUACAGCAUUUCAUUUGGACUGCAAUUUAAUGUUACAAGAGCCCAGUUCCUUCUUGACUGCCGUACAAGGCCUUUUAAGUGCCCAAAAGCAGGCAUUAGCACAUAAUUCGGCAGCAGGUGGUGAACAUCUUUGUUUUCUCGGAACCGGCCGGAGCGAAGAGGAUCAGUACACGCACAUGAUCGUGUCCUCUUUCCUACAAAAGCAUACCCAGUAUGUUUCGCUAUUAUCGGGUGGUUACAUCGCUUUGCACGAUUAUUUAUCGGAGAAUUUAAACUAUUUACAAGACCAUCAUCCGCGGGAGUGUAUUGUCUGUGCACCUACUUGCGCUAAGAUUGAGAGUCAAGCUAGUCAGGCCACACAAAUUAAAUCCACACAUUCAGGCGAUAUUUUUGGCAAAAUAUCUGCAGCAAUGAAAUCGAAAUCAGCCGAGGUAACAGGCAAACUGAUCGAAUACAUCGUAAACCCAAAUAACAGUCCUGUACAGGAAAGGCAUGUGAACAGCAACGAUAAGUUAGGCAAAAGGUAUAGAGAUAUCGCACCAGUAUUUAGUAUUGACGAUGACCACGACAAUGUGGCCAGUAUUGAGGAAGUAGAAAAGGACAGCGGCCACGAACUAGUCCAAAUAAACGCCUACCUAAAAAAACCGGAAAUAAUCCAACAUUUUCCUUGCCAAGAAGUGAGAAUGAGUGGUUCGAUGUUCAAAAGUCAUCUUAUGGUUACAGACAACGAAUUAAUUGUACUUAGAGAAAUGGCCGGUAAAAAAGGAAUGGCCGAGGUCAUAGUAAAACGUCCUCUGUCAGCUAUUGUAAAAAUCACCGCAAGAAAAAGACAUCCGGAGUUGAUAACGUUUAAAUAUGGCGUGUCCGAGGGUGAAAAUUUAAAAAUCUCCGAUAUGGAUAAGUUUUUGAUACCGCAAGCGGAUUUAGCUACGAAGGUUAUUUCUGAUCAGAUUUUAAAGCAGUUAAAAGGGAAAUAGGCGUGUUUUAUAUCUAGAUUCUUUGUAGGCUGUAUUUAUUUCGAAAAGUAUUUCUAUUUUAAGGUUCUUUUACCAUUAGGGAAAUAAAGGUACCUUUAAGCUAUUGCGGGCUUUACUUUAGCAUCUGGAGAAACGUUCAAUGAGAUAUAUUAUUGAAAGGCAAAAGAUCAUAAGCGCUAUAAUAUAGUUAUAGCAACUUUACUAGAGCAAUUUACAAUUUGAUUUUAGAAAAAUAUCACAAUAUUUCUAGCAGCCAUUUUAAAGAAAUGUGUGAAGCAUUUGGAACGAUUGUCGACAUUUUCUUUAGAAUAUGGUAGAUAUUUAUUUAUUUAAAUUUAGAUUUUUAUAUUUUGGUUGGUAAUAGAGAAAAUGGCAAACCAUUUAAAUAAAGGGCUAUAUUCUUAAUAUUUAUAUUAUUGAGGUGUUUUAUAGAAAUUAAUAGCAACUAAUCUGUUAAAGAUUUUUGCCGUUUAUACCAAUAAAAGUAAUUAACUUCAAGGUAGUUUCAAACACCAUAAAAACGUUAAAACACUUAUGCAUGUGAAUUUAUUUUUCUGAAGUAAAAUACAACAAGCUCCAAGUUUUAUAUCUUUAAGUUAGGUAACGAGAUUUGAAAAUAGCUUUCUUAGACUACUUAUUCUCGUAUUUAAAAUGCCAACGUUUCAACGCAAUUUGACAUCAUCAACAUUGCUAAAACAUACAUGUUAAGAAAGACAGGCAAAUUAUAGAACUUUUAUAAUUCAGUUAUAACACAAGUUUGUUUAAAACGAUAGAAUUAUAUAUGAAGGGUACAGGGAAAAAACCAGAUAUGUCAUUUCUUCUCACAUUAGAGUAAGUAUUAUGACUAUGGUUUUUUGGUUUAGAAAAACUAAAUACGGCUUUAUUGCAAAAAAAUCUGCAUCACUCAGGGUUUUGCAGGAACAAAAGCAGCAAUGUCACCUGAAACCGACAAAAACCAGCUGCUUUUAUUUUUGAAAUAAAAAAGAUUUAAUUUUUUGGAAUUUUUAAUGUUUAUUUAUCAACAUAUUAUUAUAAAAAUGUCACGGCUUUUGGAUUGCAAAAUCUCAAGAGGCUCAUUAGGUCGUUAAACUUAGCCUUUGGAAUUGGUAAUGGACCUGUACAAAAAUUACAAAAAUUAAUACAUUUCAUUUUUAUUUAAAACUUUCUUAUAACUUACUAUCGUAUACCGGAACGGGCAGCAAAAAUUCUCCGCAUCUUAAAGCUGAAUUUCGGUCAAAGCCUUUUCGUAUUAAUCCAGACAAAACUGGUCCAUUAUAUGUUGAACGGUAGUAGGUAAGGCAGCUAUGAUCAGAUGAUGCCACUAUUUCCUUCAAAAUCUGGAUUUUAAAUGGGCAUUUUUGUAAAUAAAUUGUGUCUAAAAAUGAUUUCCAAUCCAGUAUCAUAUUUUGUGACACACUCACUACAACAAACGGCGAUGGUUUGGAGCGGGAAUGCUUAAUGACUUCGAACUCUUCCGGGACCUCAAAGGGGCUCUUUAAAUCCCACAAUCCUACAUUUUUGUCACAUUCCAAAUAGGAGUGUCCUCUUAUAGGGAAUGUGAUUUUUAUUUCAUUCAGAUUAUGAAUUUUGUUGUUUACUGCAAAAUGAAUAAAUCGAAAAAUGGUAGUUUCUAUUUUGUCCUCCGGCAGUCACAGAAGAUUUGCAGUUCUUCAACAUCGUCGUCUAAAUAAUUAUUGAUAAAGUGGAGAAGAAAAGAUGCAACUUCGUUUGAUUCUUUUUUAGCCUCUCCUUCAUGAUAGGUAUAAAAAAUAGAUUGACCCGAAGAGAGGACAUGUACAUUAAAGGCGUACAUAGACAAUUGGCGUUUUAAUACAGGUCGUUAGUGGCAAUUUUAGGAAUUAAAAUAUUUUUUGCAAAAUCAAUGCAGAUGGCUUCCUUUUUGUUGCUUUUUUUGCAGCUUUUUUGGCUUGCCUUUUCCUUGACUAAAACGCCUCAGCCUUUCUUUUAUGCAACUCGUUCAUAACGGUUAAUUCUAUAAUUUCAUCAGUAACAGUCAAACUUUUAAACUUAAUUUGAAAUUCAUCACACGUUGCACACGUGUCACUAGGGUAUCCAAAAGCAAUAUUGAAUUCUUUAUUAAACAUUGUUCUGUACGUUUCAUACGAGACUUUAGCAUUUAGAUGCUUUUCCUUAAAGAGGUUAAACAUUUUUGAUUGUAAGUUCUUCUGGUAAAUAGGUCUUUUUUGUAUCUUUUAGAUUAUAGUGGCUCUGACGACCCUUAAAGCUUUUGAUGUGGUCACAUACCAAACCUUUUGUCAAGUCGUCCUUUCUAUGAGUUGCACUAUGCUUUCCACGUCUGUCCUUAGGAGCUGCACCACUUCGUUUGAGGCUUUCUUUUAUAUAAUUUAAUUUAUUUUUUGUAAUCCCAUGAAUGGAACAAAAAGCUUUGCCACACACCAAUAUCACGCAAUAUCACCAUCGCGAACUCGAACCGAAUACGCAUAACUUGCAUCAUGGAAACUGGCAGUAUUCUCGUUUUGACGAGGUCUUCUAUGCUGGACAGGUAUGACUGUAAUUAAACCAGCUAAAUAAUAAUUUUGCUCAUCGUGCUCAGAGCAUUAAAAUGUCUCAAUAUUUCUGCUCUUUGCGCCUCAUUAAGUACCUCAAAGCACUUUAAUCUUGAGCCAUCUUGAAAUCCAGCUUCAUGAGUGGAUAACUUCAACAUUUUAGAGGCCUCUGACAUCCGACCUAUUAACCAUAAUGGUUUAUUAUUAAUCACACAGACAAACAAGAAGUCACACUUUUGCAGUUACAAUAAUACUGGCACGUUUUUUAAAAAUGAAUAUUGCAUCAGCCGGUUUGUUUACAUGACAUCGCUGGUUUUUUCCCUGGGCGUUUGGACUAAGCUGGUUUUUAUUCGGUACGCUAUAUUUUAGAUACUAAUUUAUGCAAGACUACGGUGGUUGUUUCCCGGUUUUAGUACUCUAAAAUAAGCGUCUUCAUUCGAAGAAUUCAAUGGCGCCUCUACCGAGAUUUUCAAUAAAAAGUGACAUAUCUGGUUUUUUCCCUGCACCCUUCAUAUAAUGAAAUGUUUGAAUAUACAUAUGCUUUACAAUAAACAACAAGUAAUUUAUGAUAUGAUUUAUGUAAAAUAUUAAUCUAAAAACUAAUUAAAAGUUGGCUGCAAUCAAAAGUUAAAUAAUUUAAAAACAUGUAACAUAUGUUAAUAAUCCAAGGGUGCUAUAAUUUGCCUUUGUUAGGUUUGUUUCCCAGCAAAAAUGAAAAAUGAAUUGUCAAUUGUUGCCUAAACAUGUUAGUUAAAAGAAAAAAAAAUUAGGUAAUCUUUUACUCAAAGGAUAAAUCGUAAGCGUAGUUCUUUAGACAAUUCAUAUAAAGCAAAAAAUGCAUGUGGAAAAUGCAGACAUAUAUUGAAGUCUCUCUUCUCAUUAACUCUCUCUUUACACACCAGAUUUGAAACACAAGAAAAUGGAUUAAUUUAAUGGAGUGAUCCUACUUAUUGAAAUAUAAAGACUGACACUUCUAUAUAAGUAUACAUUCAUAUUGUAUUGAACUAUAAAUGUUAGGACAUAACCCAUUUUGACUAUAACUGGAAAUUUUAUUAGAACCUAGCUAACGUUAUGCCCUUUUGUCUUUUUGCCAUCGAUAUGUUAAACUAAAAAAAAAUAUUUUUGGUUCAGAUGCUAAAUAUAUGCCAUUUGGUACAACAUUAAAAAUAACUUUGUCUUUAUAUUAUUAUAUUGGAUAAACAUUUUAUUGUAAAAAGUCUUUAUAAUUAAAAUUUUAUAGCUAAAGAAAUACGAAACUUUUGAGAUUGAGUUUCUUUACUUGAAAAUUAGAAAUAUUUUUAUAUAGGUAAUAAUAAAUGUAGUAUUCAUAUAAGUUUUUAUUUCCAUCACUUCAAACAAUCUAUUUUAUUGCCUAGCUAAUUUUAUUUUGAUGCUUUUUACUCCAAAGAAACAAUAAAAGUAAUUAGAUGAUAUAAUAAAAACUUGUAUUAAUAUAAUUUAAAUUUUUUAAUAAACGUCAUUAAUUUGUGUAAAAUAAGAGUAGAUCAUAAAAAGAGUGGUGGUUAAGAAUGAUAUUUAAUACUUUCAUCCUUACAUGUGAAUGAUUCUCGCUUCUACAAAAAAAAACUUCGGUAUUUAUAUCGGUCAUGGUAAAUAAAAUUAUAUAUCAGGGACAUUGGUCUCUAACGUACAAUUUAAUAUCUAUUUAGAAGAUAUUCGUUAAAAAUCUAACCUUUAUGUCUCGAAAUAUCAGUAAAUAUCUUUUUUCACACAGAGAAUUUGCCUUUUUUGACUUACUGUAAUCACGGUUCACUCAAGAAUGGUCACAGAUUAAUUUAAUACCUUGUUAUAUUUUAGGCGAAUUAAUGGCGUAACAUGCUUAGUUAUACCCUUUUUUGUAAUAUUUUACAAAUCACUUCUCAUGUAUUAAUCAUAGAAAGAUUUUUUUGAAAAAAUAAAUAAAAGCUUACACUUUUGGCUAACAUAUGAUGGAGGCAAGUACAUUAAAUUUAUCGAAGAUAUUCCUUAAUAAUAAGUAGAUUAUAUGUCAAAAUAUUAAAAAUGAGAAGCGCGUAAGUACAUAUUAUUUAGUAUAGGUAAUUGCCAAAUGAAACAUCACCGUAACUUGAACCUAAAAAGAACCUGAUGAAACUCCAUAAAUUCUAAUGUUCAGUGUUCAUUCAUGUAGGUAUAAAAAUACGCAUUUAAAAACACACACAAUAAAAAAUGUUUGUAGAUAAAAUUAAAAUAAUUUAAUUAAAUAAAAAUCAGUUAUAUUUCACAUAUUCACUCUUUAUAUGAACUCAUAAUUUCUUAAAAUUGAUGACGUCUAGCUACGUUUAUAUAAAAAAUUGCUAUAUUUAUUAUGUGUUUCAUAAAAUCAUUUAUUUUUUGCUGUAGUAAUUUUAGUAGAGUACAUAGAUAUAUAUGACUUGUUAAUAAAAUAUGUUUAUA